CAGCGACAGGGACAGAACGAAAGAGCAGCAUCAAUUGCAAGCAACGAGAUGGCGCGGGUGUUGCUGCUGUUUGCGGUUGUGGCCACCGCAGCCGCCGAGCCGCUUCCCAAGUGCGACGACCUCAACCUCGACGCAUUCUUCGAGGGCAUCGAGCGCAUGUCAUCGCUGGGACCCUGCAUGGUCGACGCCGGCGUGACGGACUAUGCGUUUCUCGCAUCGGCAGCGCCGCUCAGCGGCGAGCAGUGGACCGCCUUCUUCAACAGCCCUUCCUGCCGCGUGCUUUUCAACAACCUCUCGGCUACGAUCUACGACAAUCCAAAUAUGCCAACGUGCCGGCUCGAUGCGAGUGGCACAACACGUCGGGACCUCGCCAAGUGGAAUUUCGAUACGCUGCGCGACUACAUGUUCCAUGACGUCAUCCCGCGCUUGCUGUCGCCCCCGUAACACGCGUCUUGGUUAAUGUCGUCUCGUUGUGGAAUGAGAGCUGCUUGUGCAAAUUGAAUUGGACCAGUUGUCAAGGG